GGAAUGAUUUCUUCCGAUUAAUCUUGGAUUGGAUGAUGACUGAAAAGGAGAGUAUCAGAACUGACGCUAUCUCAUAAUUAAUACCAUUCAAUCACCAUAUCUAUAAAUACCACACCUUCCUCCUUUUCCUUCUCACCUUCUCACCUUUUCUCCUUUUCUCUUUCAGAAAAAAAAACCCUAUAGUUUCAUAGACAUCAUCUAGGUCUAGCAAUGGAGUCUCGUUCUUACAUGACUUGUGGAGUGAAAAUCGACACGAAUUCGGAUGGAUGGCAUAAGUGCCUGACUAAAAUGCUGAAAAAAAUCCAAGGUGCAUCUUAUAAUGUAGAUGCAGAAGGAGGCAUGGCAUAUGUUUCUGGGAAAGUAAACCCUAGGAAGCUAAUAAGAAGGCUAGUGAAGGCUGGGAAAGAAGCAGAACUCUGCUGGGUAAGAACUGGAGAUGAAUUUACAUAUGGCAAUGGCAAUGGCAACAGAUAUUAUGAAGACCAGAGAUAUUAUGAUCCCAGCAGUAACUACAUGGGAUUAACAGCAGGCCCUAAUUACUAUAAUAUGAAUGGUAAUUAUGGACAUGGAUAUAGCCACCACCAUGGACAUCCUAUGAACAAUUACUAUCCACAGGCGCCAUAUUCAUAUAAUUAUUAUUGAAUAUGAAUUGGCUCA